AUGUCCUCUCAAUUCUUGCAGACCGAGCUCGCAAACCUCAUACAAGAGUCUCGACGGAAGAAUGCCGACCUCCGAACAGCAGCCGAGCAGUCCCUGAAUGAGCUAAAGGCUCUGCCCUCGACAUCUGAAGCCCAGAUCUCCGCAGACCUCGUGCGUAAACCUGCAUUUGUUGAGCCGUUCAUCAUCGCCUGUCAUACGCGGCACGCGAAACUUGCGGGAAUCGGCGUGAUUUGCCUGCAACGACUGAUCGCAUCUCGGGCACUGCCUUCCAGUCGUUUGAAAGAUGUUUUAGCAGGUCUAAAAGAGACAACUGGCUUAAGCCUUGAUAUCCAGUUGAAGAUUCUGCAGUCUUUGCCUUCACUUCUUCAAUUUUAUUCGAAUGAUCUGAGUGGUGAUCUCCUAGCAAAUACAUUGGAGAUAUGUGCAACUUUGCAGGCCAGCAAGACCCUUGCAGUUAGCAGCACUGCGGCUGCGACCCUCCAGCAACUGGUUGUCUCGACUUUCGAAAGGGUAUCAAGUGAAGACAAGCUCCCAAAGGAUGCUAAAUCCUUCACGAGUGUCAAGGUUGAUGGCCAUCCUGUGGAGGUGGCCCAGUUCGCAUAUGACGCUUUGCAGGUCUUGGAUGAUCUCUGUCGUCUCAUUGAUGGAGAGCAGUUGCAGUUUCUACGCACGAGAACUUUAGCCCCAACAUUUGUUUUGGAGCUAAUAGAAAGCAUCAUCCUCAACAGUGGCCGUCUCUUUGUGGGGCAUCCGGAACUAUUGCAAGUCUUGCGGGUUCGUCUGAUGCCACUCACAGUACGAUAUUUCUCUGAAAGACAUUCGUUCUCUCAGACUGUCCGCGUUGCACGUAUUCUACUCGUACUCCUGAAAAGUCAUAUGUCUCUCUUGACUGCGGAGUGUGAGAUGGCACUUGGUUUAUUGACUCAUUUGCUCGAGCCGGAUGGUAAUGCACCAUGGAAACGUGUCUUAUGCAUGGAGGUCUUCCGAGGCCUUUACGCCGAACCUGGAGUUGUUCGACUAAUUUACUCGUUGUAUGAUGGUGACGAAAAGAGGAAGAAUGUCCUUAGGGAUCAUAUGGCUUCUCUUGUCCGACUAGCCUCUGAAAAGCCAUCAUUGAUUGGAGUGAGCAACCAGUCAACAAUACCGCUCCGAGCAGAGCAUACAAGGUCAGCAACGGAAGAUCAGAUUGCUCUCGAGACUGGUGGUGUCGCUGGUGUCAUUGGAUCUACUGGUCCUCCUGCUGAAACUAAGGUGCCUGGUAUCAGCAGCCAGUGGAGUGUGGUGCGGACGCCCUACAUCGAGCUCCUUGAUAAAGCCGACCCGCCGCUGCCCCCGGACACUUAUAUCUACAGCCUCGUUCUCAACUGCAUCAGCAGCUUUGCCGAGGGACUCGCCAAGUUCAUCUUACCACUCACUGUCCCAGACGUGAAAUCAAAGAAGAAGAACAGAAUCAUGAUUCCAGAUCAAGCAGCUGAUUCUGCCCGCUCCUCUCAAGAUCUUCAAUCACCAGACACUUUGCGCGCCCAUACUGUAUCGCCGCUCAGGAAAUCAGCGGUCCCAAUCAAUCCUCUGGAGUUGAAGUCUCAUAUCCAGUAUUCGGCCAUUAAGACAUGCGCUGGUAUCAUUGAAGACUGCUGGCCCGCUGUUCUUGCAGCUUGUUCCACUUUCUUGCAUGCUUCACUGGACGACGAAUUUUACCAUAACCUCGUUCGAGCGUUUCAGAAACUGGCCCAUGUAGCGGGUCUCCUAAGACUUUCUGUGCCUCGAGAUGCAUUUCUCACAACACUCGGGAAGGCUGCAAUUCCGGCGGGCACAAUUGGUGCUAAGACACAAACCCCUACUACGCCGUCUAUAGGUGGUCCCCAGUCCGACAAUACCCCUCAAAGGAAUCGUAAGAGCUCGGAUAUGCCUCGAUCAAGCUCCUUACCGGGGGACUCGACUGGUUCGUCGGCCGCUGAGGCCUCUUCGGUUUCCUUGAGCACAAGGAAUCUCUUGUGUCUGCGCGCUUUGCUAAAUCUCGGAAUUGCACUGGGACCAACAUUGGAUCAGUCAGCCUGGUCCAUUUUGCUCGAAACACUUCAAUACGCUGGGCUGGUGAUUGGCAUAUCUUCCAGUACGAUGCUAAAAUCAGCCAGUGCCUCAGGGGAAGCAAUAGUCAUUUCUGGCAAUGAUAUUCCGACAGCAAAUCUUGGAGCGGAGGUCAUCGCAGUGCAGACAGCUUCUGCAAAGAUGUUUGAAAGCACCAGCGACUAUCCUAGUGCAUCUUUUCGGGAAAUAUUGCUUGCCUUGCUGAACCUUUCCGCCUUCACCGAGCAAGAAUCAGCCCAAGAAAUGCCUGAGACACCGACUUCCCCGCAGUCUGCGCGUAAAUCCGGACGCAUGCAUCAAAAUGCUCGUCGCGUUUCGCAUACUGUGGGUAAAUCGCGAAUGCAGGACGAGGAGCUAAAGUUUGUACUCGAAAAAGGGAAUGAGUUAGGCCGGGCGAACCUCGACAGGCUAUCUUCACUUGACGACGAGAACAUUGCAGCGUGGCAACUCCUUAGUGGAAGCCUCAUCACAACGUCUGCCAACACUGCAAUCAGCCCUAAUCUCCGCCUACAGGCCAGCAGCAUUCUCAAUUCAUUGAUCUAUCUGACAAUGAAACCGAGAGAAGCAGAUGAUGACCAGACUCGAAACAAGGUCCAGACAAGGAACCUACAGACACUUAAGAAUCAAAUCACAACUCUCUAUUCGUCGGAUCAGGUGACCGUCAAAUCACUUCCGAUCACUGUGAUUCAGAUCCAUGAACAGAGUCUGGAGAUCCUCCACGGUAUUCUGGAACAAUAUGCGGAGACCCUCGUGGACGGGUGGAGUGUCAUAUUUGACUUGAUCUCUGGUGUAUUCCGAGACGUUUCCAAAGCAGGAACCAGUACCCAGCUGACUACGCCGACUGAACGCAGGAGGUCUGCUUUACCAGGUGGCCCGCGUCUGGUCCGCGCUGCCUACAAGUCAUUGCAUCUUGUUGCUUCUGAUUUCCUCUCUUUGCUUCCAGCACCCUGUCUCCUGGCCCUGGUGAACUCGUUCUCCAGCUUUGCAUCCCAAACCCAGGAUUUCAACAUCUCCUUGUCGACCACUUCUUUCUUCUGGAAUGUUUCCGAUUUCCUGCGAGGGCAAAUUGAAGAAUUCGCAGUCGAGACCCACGUUGUUACUGCUGUUACUGAGGAGGAACUCGGAAAUCUGGCAUGCGAUCAGGAUGCCUCCGUGUCCAGAAACUCUCUGUGGCUAUUACUGCUUCUCCGUAUCGUUGGAAUCACUACAGACACAAGAUCCGAGAUUCGAAACAGUGCGAUUCACACCCUCCUGAGAAUUUUCGAUGCCUACGGGCAGCAACUUUCUCCAAUGGCGUGGCGACUAUGUUUGAACCGCGUCCUAUUCUCGAUGGUGGAAAAUAUCAGUACUACCCUGUUUGAAGCCAAGAAAGAGGAAAGUGCUAAGGAUGAUUACAAGUCAUGGGUGGAGACAACUGUGUUGAUGAUCAAAGGGGUCUUGAACCUGAUCACGAAUUUCUUUGAAACUAUCGUGAGCGACGAGAAUUUCGAUCAGUCCUGGACAAGACUUCUCAAGUUCCUCCACGGAUUGUUGGGCAUGCGUCUUCUGGAGUUCAGCGAGGCAACAUUUGCCAGCCUUUCGGCUGUCUUAACUCGAGUACAGUCUCCCGAAGGCCUGAGUAAGGAGGCUCGAGAAUGCGCGUGGAACCUUUGGGCCAGCGGUCAUCCUGCAAAUGACGAGACAGCUAUUGACCUCAAUCGACCCAAUCAAGAUGCUGCUCUAGCGUACAUGCAAAGCUUCCAGCAGAUCUAUCGCUUAUAUAACGAUUACCUGAGCCCGGCAAAUAUCGAGAAGGUGCUUCAGCAUCUGCGCCUGCUAGUGUGGAACUCGGUGUCUCCGCCAUACUCUCCGGAUGUCGACCGCCCUUCUGCCCUGCAAGCCAUGGUUAUUGAGUGCAUCAAAACCCUCUGUAAGGAGAAAGAGGAGUCUCAGGCUGCUAUCCUGUUGUGUCUGUCUGAUCUGUCCGAUUCGGCUUUGACGAAAUGGAGACCUGGUCAUGACUCGAGAAAACCAGGCUUUGUUGCCUUUUCAAAAGCCACCAUCGAUCUGAUCAGCUGGUACAUUGCCGAUUUCGGUAUCAAGCAGGAUAUCCUCUCAAAUCACGCUUUGUCCUCGACCCUCGAACGCUUUGGUAAACUGAUCCUACAAAAGUACAUAUGGGAAGGCAAAGAUCGCGAGCCAUUCAUGUGGCAGCAGGCCUCUACCGCAUCAUUGAGUGUCCUUCACGUUGCUGUUCCCUACGUCGAAAAGCAGUACGACAGGGCAAGUGAAGCCGACAUAGCAAGAUUCUGGAGUUGCGUGGUUGACAUCACCCAUGGCAUUGUCUCCGCUCACGGAUUCCAAACCCAGCAGCUACCGAAUGCUCGAAUCGUCGCCGACGAGGCUUUCGACAUUGCCUCAUUUACCCGCCUGAAGACACUCAUUCUUCCCUCCCUCGGCGCCUCUGCCAUCCCGGAUGCUGUCCGCCGAAACUUUGCCCUCGCGCUCUUCCACUCCUCGUUCAUCUACCCACCCCAGCGCUUAGACCUGCCUUCCAACUUGAUUGAGAAAGCCCCGUUACAAGACUUUUAUAGAAUACGCUCAGGCCGCACCUUCGACCCACCGCCUACUUUGCGCCCGAACAUGGCGUACGCUCUGAUAGACACUCUCUUCGAACUUGCGGAAAGUCCGGAGUCUGAUGGCUCCAAACCAUGCUUCCAGACACUACUGGCUUGCUCCAUCUCUCCAUACCUCCUUCUCCGCUGUGCAAUUCCACUCAAGGGCUACAUCGCAGAUCAGCCCCUCCGCGGCCUGAUGCCCCAGCCCACGCCCGCACGCAAAGCGCUGCUUCAUCUUCUCCUGCACAUGGUGCAGCUGCAGAGCGAGCCAUCGGCCAUACCGGACCCGCCCUCUAUGAGCACGGCAUUGUCCACGGAUGACGCUUCAACGGCGCGUCAUCAUCGUAAGCAUCUCGAAUGGAUGUUCCCGCUCAUUGUCAAGGCGGUCCAGGUCGCCGGCAAAGAACGAGAUGACGGACAGAUUCUGCGGGCGCUCGGCAAAGUGCUACGGGAACUCGGCCAGUUCGAUUAG